UCGAGAGGUGAUAACGGUGUUAGAGAAUUGUUGUAUCCGUAUGUGAUAAAUGUCGCGGGGCUCGAGGGAAGCCGUUUCUUCUACGCUCGAUGGAACUACGUUGCAUAGGAGAUUGAUGUGCAUCGGCGGUAAGGAUUUAUGAAUGAAGAUACCGAAUGGCGGGGACGUGAAUGAAACACGGUCGAUCGAAUAAGCGUCGAUCGUUCGAGCAACGGAUGCUUAUUUUUCCGACAAGUUACAUCAAACCGAAGGUACGCGUCGUACGACGUUCGAAUCGCGUUUAUUCCUCGGAUCGAUAACGCGAGUCCGCGAUCGUGGUUGCAGGCGAAGCGCUCGGACGUCGCAACGGAGAAAUGAGCCUCGUGUGACCGGCGAGAAGCUGAAAAAUAACGAGACAACGAGAAUGCCCGAUAGUUCGGAUCAAUUGUCGUCGCCGAACAGCGAAUGCAAUAGCCAGAUAGGUGUUAUGCACCGGAACACGUCCACCGGACAAUUUGACGAUUCGUCGAUGCCCGGGCUCGCGUUGACGCAUCAGACGCAUUCGCAAAAUCUAACGUCCGCCUCGAACGGUGGUGGCAGUCUUCAGUAUCCUCAAGAGUUGACCACUUGUAGUUCCGCGAAUACGUCCACCAAUAUAGGAAACAUCGGUGGACUUUCUCUGGGAAUUACGGCCAGUAACUAUACACCGGACCAGAUAUCUUGUAUGUGCAAGGCGUUAUCGCAGAGGCAGGAUAUCGAGAAGCUCACGAGGCUCCUAUGGUCGUUGCCGCCUGGCGAGUUGUUCCGCCGCGACGAGAACGUGCUGAUAGCAAGAGCCACGGUGGCUUUUCAUCGGGGCGCUUACCACGAGCUCUACUCGAUCUUGGAGAGCCAUCCGUUCUCCUCGGAUCGGCACCCGGAACUGCAGCAGAUGUGGUACAAGUCGCAUUAUCGCGAGGCGGAAAAGAUCCGCGGACGCCCGCUUGGUCCGGUCGACAAAUAUCGGCUGAGGAAAAAGUAUCCAUUGCCAAAGACGAUCUGGGACGGCGAAGAGGUGGUGUACUGCUUCAAGGAACGUUCGAGAAACGCGCUGAAACAAUGCUACAUGAGGACCAAGUAUCCACUCUCCGAGGAGAAGAAGAAUUUGGCGAAGGAGACCGGCUUGACCUUGACCCAGGUGGCUAAUUGGUUCAAAAAUCGACGGCAGAGGGAUCGCACGCCGCAAACGAGAACAGACAUGCUACCGUUAAACUGCCAGAAUAAUGCGAGCAACGUGAUCACCGGCUCGGUUACCAACGGAGAGAGCAUUCAAUCAUUGCAGAGCAUCGAUUCCAACGGCACGAAUCUCGCAAUGUCACCGCUCUCGACGAUGAGCAUGUCACCGGUCGCCGUGAAUCCGUGUAGCCCGAUGGGUAUGAGCCCGAUGGCUUCUCGUCAUCCAAGAUACGCGACACCCGUGGCCCCAUCCUCCGUGCACACCACGCAUCCCCACAGCGGCAGUCUCAGCCCUAUGAAUGACGUUAAAGCCUUAUGCUACGGCCGCGGGGUUUGCGAAACCGGUAAAGACACGGAUCAGACUUCCGUCUAUUAUUCUACUCAUUCGAGCAUGCAUCAUCAGUAUUAUCAACAGACGCAUCAUCAGAUGAUGUCCACUGCUCAUCAUUAUCAACAUCAUCAACAGAGUAUGCCAACCGGAUAUGAAAUUGCGCUUCCGCCUCCUCAACACUCGACGUGACCAACCGAUUACGAGACCGAUAGAAAUGAUGCGGUUCAUCCAGUUCAAACGGAAGAUGUAUUUUCGCGUGUUCAUGCGUUUGCUUGACUUGCAGUAUUCGACCGGUGUUGCGUCUCCGAUCUAAACAAUUUUUAUCUUAUCAUUAUCCAUUCAUUGUGUUUUUCACGCAACGUUCCUUUCUAAUUUUUUUCCAUAUAUAUACGUAUAUAUAUAUUUAUAUAUAUACAUUACUUGUUCGCUUUUGC